AUGAUUGCUGCUUGGACCCACUUGUCCCUGCUGGGCAUUCUCUGCUCUGGCGUGUUGUCAGCUCCCUACAAUACUCCUCGUGAGGAAACGGAUCCCGAGCUGACAGCUGGGUACUUCCAGGGGGAUAUGGAUGUGGAUUUUGGUCGGAACGGACAGCUGUCGGAGACGCGUCGCUGGCCAAGUGCAACAGUUCCCUAUAGGAUCUCUGAAGAGUUUGAUGCUCCCUAUGUGGCCUACAUUGAGCUGGGCAUGAAAUUAAUCGAACGAUCCUCUUGCAUUCGCUUUGUGCCAGCUGCUGAAGACGCAGAGGACUAUGUUGCGGUGAUCACCUCCACCUCGGGUUGUAGCUCCAAGGUGGGCUAUCAGCCAGGUGAACGAACCGUUAAACUCAAGCCAGGAGAACUGGACACGGGUUGCUUCAAACUCGGAACCAUCCAGCACGAGCUACUCCAUACCUUGGGCUUCCAUCAUCAGCAAUGCUCUCCCGAUCGGGAUGAAUUCGUCCAAAUAGUGGAGGAAAACAUUUCCGAGGGUCACGAGAAGAACUUUGUCAAGUACGAGGCCGAUGAUGUGGGGGACUUUGAUCAGUCCUAUGACUACAGUAGCAUUUUGCACUACAGUUCCAUGGCUUUUUCGGUGAAUGGCAAGGCCACCAUUGUGGCUCUCAAGCCGGAGGGUCAAGAGUUAAUGGGCCAGCGUUUGAUAAUGACUGCCACCGAUAUCAACCGACUUAAUACCAUGUACAAGUGCCCAGUGCCAGUGUAACAUUUUGCAAUAAAUAUUUAAUUUAGCAACAAACAAAAA